UCAAAUACACACAACAACCAACACCAUCUCCCACAAUGGCAACGAAAACACUUCUCUUCCUCGCCUUAGCAGCCCUUGUAGCCUUUGCUACCGCCCACACAACCAUCAUCACCACCACCAUCGAAGACGAGAACCCGCUCUCCGAACAAAGGCAAUGUAGCCAACAGGUACAGGGACAAAGGUUGAACCAGUGUCGCAUGUUCCUCCAGCAAGGUCAGAGGGGGCAGCAACACCAACAGCAACAGGAGCAGCAGCUCCUCCAGCAGUGUUGUCAAGAGCUCCAAAACAUAGACCAGCAGUGCCAAUGUGAGGCAGUGAAGCAGGUGUUCCGAGAAGCCCAGCAGCAGGUUCAACAGCAACAGGGACGGCAGUCUGUACCCUUCCGCAGUUCGCAGCAGACCCAACAGUUGAAGCAGAAGGCUCAGAUUCUCCCUAACGUAUGCAACCUUCAAUCAAGACGAUGCGAAAUCGGAACCAUCACCACCACCGUCGUCACCGAGAGCAAUAUCGAUAUCCCCUUCCGUGACAGGCCCUUUGGCAGAUCACAACAAUGCAGUGAAACUGAAAUCCAACGACCCGUCAGUCAAUGCCAAAGGUAUGUGGAGCAGCAAAUGCAGUCCCCCAUGCCAUACAUAAGGCGCCCAGGACAGCAGCAGCAGGAGCCAGAACUCCAACAAUGCUGCAACCAGCUCCAAAACGUGAACAGGGAGUGUCAAUGCGAGGCGGUUCAAGAAGUGGCUAGGAGAGUGAUGAGGCAGCCACAGCAGCACCAGCAGCAGCAACGUCGACGUGGGCAGUUCGGUGGACAGGAGAUGGACAUCGCAAGGAGGGUGAUUCAGAAUCUGCCGAAUCAGUGCGACUUGGAAGUCCAGCAAUGCAACAUCCCCUACUGAAGUGGAGGCUUUUGAAUGAGUAAUAAAGGAAAGCGCAUCUCUAGUCGAAACUAGGGAUUGUGGCUUUGUGAUGGAAGCAUAUAUAUAUAGUUUCCUUUGAGAGUAAUAAUAAAAUGACUAAAUGUUUUUGGAUGGUUUUCAUCU